CAACAACAGACCGCAACAAUGGACCCCCAGAAGCCGCAGAAGACCGUGGACGCGGCGUCCAGCUACGCUUCGGCUGCGGGCCAGCCUGUGCAAGUCGACGCCUACGGCCGCCCGAUCGUGCAGGCCGUGCCCGCGCCGCCCGGCAGCAUCCCGCAGGCUGCAGUACACACGCGCGUGGUGCCCAACAACUCGAACAUUCGCCGCGACGCGCAGGGCAACGCUCUGUGUAACCGGUGCUCGGCGCCGUACCCCCUGCCGGCGGGCUGCACCAGCUGGAGAUGCCGCAGUUGCGGGGAGCUCAACAACGCCAGCGUGUACGGCAACGAGUGGUGCAACAUUCUCUAAGGAGAGAGUGGAGGCGUUUUUUUAAGGUAGUGUUAACGAGAGAAGGUGACUCACCUUUUUUUUCCUUCUCUUC